AUGCAUGACGAAAUCAAUGAUCGAAUAGCAUGCGUCAACCGAUGCUACUAUAGCAUAAGGAGCCUCCUUAAAUCAAAACUACUGUCACGUAAUUCAAAGACACAACUGUAUCAUAGCUAUUUACGACCAAUAAUCACAUAUGCGAGUGAAACAUGGUCACUGACCAAAGGAGAUAGCAAACGAUUAAUGACCUUCGAAAGAAAAGUACCGAGAAAGAUAUACGGCCCGAAAUUUAAUGCAGAAUCACAAACUUACGAAAGAAGGAAAAAUCAAGAACUACAGGAGUUAUAUAACAGGCCAAAUAUUAUUUCAUAUAUAAAAAGCAAGCGACUAGAAUGGUUCGGCCAUGUUUGGAGAGCGAAUGGACAAGUAAUAAAAGAAGUGUUAGUUAACAAAAUAAAUAAAAAACGUCCAUUAGGAAGACCCGAUGGAUGGACGUUAUAGCUCAAGAUAUAAAAAACGUAGAAGAGUCAUCUUUUGAUGACGCAUACGAUAGAGAGAAAUGGAGAGGUGUUGUGAUGGCAGCGAUGGCACUUAAUGGGCCGAUAAGCUGA